AUGCGCAACAAUCCUGUUCAAACGCUCCUUGCAGACUUGGUUAAGGCCUUUCAGUCACAACGGUCUGGUGAACAGAUAGAUUUGCCGCCUUUUCGUUCUAAGGUUACCGAAUCAACUAAAAGGGUCAGCAAUGUAGAAAUUGCCGUUGAUAGACACAAUUUUUGCUCAUUGAUCGAAACCGGUGCAGAUUUAUCGUUCAUUUCAGAGAAAUAUUUGGCCCUAUUCAAGGACAAAGUUGUGUCGUGCAACGUCAUGCUAAAGGGGAUUUCUAGCAUUACAAUCACCACUACUAACAAGUUUACGGGAAGCACAAGAAUUUCCGGUGUUGACACAAUCGUUAUCUACGUCUUUCUGCCAGACGAGUGCCUCGAUUAUGACGUUUUUAUUGGUCGAAACCUCUUUGAGGAUGAAAGCCUUGUUACCAUCACUGACUACCAAGGGUCUCGAGUGAUACGACGCAACCUACCAGGAAUAAACCUACUAUCAAGUUCCCGGCAUCCGUCGUGUAGUGGAAAGCCAAAUGUGUGA